AUAUAAAUCGCCACAAGAGCGCCCGGACGAGGCCAUGGGCAGAUUUCCGCGGGACCGGCCUUAUAUCAAUUUAUCGAUAGAUUCAAAUUUUGACUGAUCGGAAUUCAAUAAGUAUACAAUACGAGGCGAGCUAGGUUAUUAGGUUCUUUAUUCCGGCGACGACGCAGCUGCGGGCUACAUUUGAUCACCGCCUAUUAGAUUCUGAGCCGAAUUUGUAGUAUGUUUUGCUAUUGAUGGGAAGUUGGAGAUGAUGAAAAAAACUAGUGUUUGCGCGGUAUGUGAGAACUCGAAUCUAGCUUCGAUAUGCGCCAUUUGUGUCAACUACAGAUUGAAUGAGUAUUAUCAUUCCUUAAAAUCGUUGAAAGCUCAUCGGGAUUCUUUGUACGCAGCAUUAAGUGAGGUUCUUGUGGCUAAGGGGAAGGCAGAUGAUCAAAAGAAUUGGAGAAUUCUUCAACAUGAAAAGCUUACAAGGUUGAGGGAGAAGCUCCAUCAUAGUAAAGAACAACUUGCGCUAGGGAGGUCUAAGAUAGAGAGUCAAUCUGUUGAGCUGAAACUCAAGUUCAGCAUGCUUGAAGCAGCCUUUUCUACGUUGGAAAAAAAUCGAGUUGAACAACUGGAGAAAUUUUAUCCCAAUCUCAUAUGUACCCAGAUUCUAGGGCAUAGGGCGAUUACUACUGAACAUCUUCAUAAACAGUCUGUGGUCAUAAAACAGAUAUGCAAGCUGUUUCCUCAACGACGGGUGGUCAUAGAGGUAGAGAAAAGUGAUGGUUCUAGCGGCCAGUAUGAUCAAAUCUGCAAUGCACGCUUGCCAAGAGCACUUGAUCCCCACUCCGUUCCAUCAGAAGAGCUUUCUGCUUCUUUGGGAUACAUGGUGCAACUUCUAAAUCUUGUGGUUCACAACUUAGCUGCCCCAGCACUUCAUAACUCAGGUUUUGCGGGUUCUUGCUCUCGAAUUUGGCAACGAGAUUCUUAUUGGAAUGCACGCCCCUCUUCAAGAAGCAACGAAUAUCCCCUUUUCAUACCCCGCCAAAAUUACUGCUCUGCUAGUGGGGAAAAUUCAUGGUCUGAUAGAAGCUCUAGUAAUUUUGGUGUUGCUUCAAUGGAAUCCGAAAGGAAGCCUCGCCUGGAUUCCUCUGGGAGAAAUAGCUUUAAUUAUGCUUCAGCUUCUUUACAUUCUGUUCAAACGCAUAAAGAUUUGCAGAAAGGGAUUUCACUUCUGAAGAAGAGCGUAGCAUGCACCACAGCUUACUGCUACAACUCUCUAGGUUUGGAUGUUCCUUCUGAGGCAUCUACUUUUGAAGCAUUUGCAAAGUUAUUGGCUAUACUCUCGUCAUCCAAGGAAGUUCGAUCUGUUUUAUCCUCAAGGAUGGCUCAUUCUAGGCCAUGCAAGCAAGUUCAACAGUUGAACAAAUCUGUGUGGAAUGUAAAUUCUUCUAUUUCAUCUACCACUUUGCUGGAAAAUUCUCAUUCCGUGCCAACAACGAGAAAUGAAAAUUACCUUCCAAGUUCUGCUGCCAGUUUUCUUUAUGCCACAGAUUUAUCUGAUGCAAAAAGUGAGUGCCUAAUUGAAGGGUGGGAUCUUGUAGAGCAUCCAACUUUUCCUCCUCCGCCAUCACAAAGUGAGGAUGUUGAGCACUGGACUCGAGCCAUGUUCAUAGAUGCUAAAAAGAAAUGAUCGUUAUCCGCAACGGAUGGUUACUCUCUCCCAGUGAACGGUGAGAAAAGCUGACCCACGAUUGCAGGAUUUACGGAUCAUAUGCGCUGCAGAUUAUCUGGGAGCCUCUUUUUUCUCCCUUUUUUCUCUGUACAUAUAGCAUCUAGGAAGUUCUCGGAAUUGAGACUGUAAAUAUUAGGUCUGCAGUAAUCAUAAUUAACUUGUUUUUGUUGUCGAAGUUGAAGCUAUUUGUCUUGAUCUGGCCCUAUUUUUUUCGAGCCCUAUCAUACUGUAUUUUAGUAUUGGAACUCUGAAGGUAAUCAGUGUUAUAAUGAGCUCCGCAAGUUCACUA